UCAAUCCUCAUCUGUGCACGAUCCGUCGCGCGAGUUGCUUUCUUGAUCAGAUGGUUUACAUCAACACUCCUCACUUCAGCCAAAGAUGGCCGCCUACGCCCAAGCAGAAGCCGGAAAGCAUAGCAUCUAUGGGGAUCGAUUUAUGCACCUUAGGCUCAUCAAGACAACUACUCCCAUGACCACGAGGUGUGGGUUUCAUUCAUUCUCUAGUCUCAAGUUCCAAGCACGUUGCGAUCAACGAUCCCCAUGCCGAGACCCUUCACGCUAUCCCGCCAUUUUUCAACCGCAACUAAGCUAGAAACCCCCCUUUCCUCACUCCAACCACCUAAAUUUUCUCGAGAAAGCACAGCCAUUUCGGAGGAGUUUUGUGGUCAAAUAUUGGACAAAUACCCAGAUAUCAGAACGUUAAAAGGACUGCAUGCCAAGAUCAUCUUUGAUCAAGGUUUGCGCUCAAACCCAUCCAUUGGCAUCAAACUUAUGAGGGCUUAUGCUGCUUGUGGCCAUCCCGAGAUCACGCGCCACGUAUUCGACGAAUUUCCUGACAGAGGUGUUAUCUUCUUCAAUGUCAUGAUCAGAAGCUACGUGAACAACCAGUUUUACCAAGAUGCUCUUGUCGAAUACAGGACCAUGUCCAAGUAUGGCGUUAGUCCUGAUCAUUAUACCUUCCCUUGUGCGUUAAAAGCGUGUUCUGAGUCGGAUAAUUUGUUGCUUGGAAUGCAAACUCAUGCUGCGGUUGCGAAAAUAGGGCAUGAUUCUAACCUUUUUACUGGUAAUGGUUUGGUUGCCAUGUAUGGCAGAUGUGGUUGUUUGGUGGAGGCUCGCAGGGUGCUCGAUGAAAUGCCUCACAAAGAUGCUGUUUCCUGGAAUUCAAUGGUUGCUGUGUAUGCACAGAAUGGACGGUUUGAUGACGCGCUUGGAGUUUGUCGAGAAAUGGAGUUAUUCAACAUAAAAGCAGAUGCUGGCACAAUGGCUAGCCUCUUGCCUGCUGUAACUAACACAUCUGCUAAAAAUAUUUCAUUUGUUGAGGAGCUGUUUAUGAAAUUGGCUAAAGAGAGUGUGAUCUCAUGGAAUGUGAUGGUUGCAGUCUAUAUGAAAAAUUCUAUGCCUGCAUUAGCAGUUGAACUUUAUUUGGAGAUGGAAUCUCGUGGGAUGGAACCUGAUGCAAUCACAUUUGCCAGUGUUCUUCCUGCCUGUGGGGACCUCUCAGCUCUGUCACUUGGUAGGCACAUCGAUGAGUGUGUGGAAAGGAAAAGGCUUCGACCCAAUUUGUCAUUGGAAAAUGGCUUGAUUGACAUGUAUGCAAAGUGUGGAUGUUUAGAUGAUGCAAGGGAAGUGUUUGAUGGAAUGCAAUACCGGGAUGUUGCGUCAUGGACUUCAAUAAUUUCUGCUUAUGGUAAAAGUGGGCAAGGCUGUGAUGCUGUUGCUCUUUUUUCCAAAAUGCAGGAUUCGGGUGUCACUCCUGAUUCAAUUGCCUUUGUUUCCAUCAUCUCUGCAUGCAGCCAUGCGGGAUUGUUGAAUGAGGGAAAGUAUUUUUAUAAAUUAAUGACUAAGAAGUAUAGGAUGGUACCAAGGUUAGAACAUUUUGCUUGCAUGGUUGAUCUGUUAGGACGUGCUGGGAAACUAGAUGAGGCCUAUGAUUUCAUUAAGCAGAUGCCUUUGGAACCCAAUGAGAGGGUUUGGGGGGCAUUGUUGAGUGCUUGCCGGAUUUACUCAAAGAUGGAUAUUGGGAUUAUAGCUGCAGAUCAUCUCUUUCAAUUGGUUCCGGAGCAGGCUGGUUAUUAUGUCUUGUUAUCAAACAUUUAUGCGAAGGCUGGAAGAUGGGAAGAAGUUUCCGCCAUUCGAUCAAUCAUGAAGGGAAGAGGAAUCAAGAAAACACCUGGUUUUAGCAAUGUCGAGCUUGAUCAUAAGGUCCACACCUUUCUUGCUGGCGACCAAUCCCAUCCACAAUCCAAGGAGAUCUACGAAGAGUUGGAUGUAAUGGUAGGAAAGAUGAAAGAGGCAGGUUAUGCACCUGAGACAGACUCAGCGCUUCAUGAUUUGGAGGAAGAGGAUAAGCAAUAUCAUCUAACAGUUCACAGUGAGAAGUUAGCUAUCGUCUUCGCACUUAUUAAUACCAAACCUGGUACGCCAAUCCGGAUUACCAAGAAUCUACGUGUUUGUGGGGACUGCCAUAUUGCUGUCAAGCUUAUAUCCAAGAUUGCUGAACGCAAAAUCAUUGUCAGGGAUACACAUCGGUUUCAUCAUUUUCAAAAUGGGGUUUGCUCAUGUGGCGAUUAUUGGUAACGCUUCGCUUACUUAGGCUCCGUUUUGUUUGGCCAAAAACAUUUUCCUUUCUCAAAAAGCACUUUCCUUGUUUUCUUGUGUUUGGCUAGCUCUAGGAAAACAACAAAGUAAAAGUAAUUUACUUUCUGGUCAAUGGAAAGUAAAUUGCUAAAACACAAAGAAAAGAAAAUUCCGAAAAGUGACUUCCUGAGUUGAAAUUAGGAAGUCCCUUUCUAGAGCUUCAUCAUUUGCACUUUCAAAGCUUUCCAACACCUUCUCCGCCUUUGUUUUUUUGGAUUACACAUCAUCACUCGCACUCUCGCUGAACUCAUCCCUGAGUCAUCAUGAGAGAAGUAAACCGAAAGAUAUGCCCAAGUGACCAAGGUUGGAGAUUGUGUCCACUGACACUUAUCAAAGACCAUCCCUAGAAGGAAUUGCUUCUCCCAGAAAUUAAUCCUACACUAGCAGCCUUCAGCAUCCUUCUUCGCCUUUGUUUGUCGAGCUCUACUUGCGUUGAGCGUCUUCUUCUUCUCACUCUAUUAGCCUCUGUCUAUGUCAUCAUAUUAGUCGACGUCUCUAUUAGGCUCCAUCUCUAUAUAGAUUUGCCUUCUACAUCAUCAUAUUGGUCACCAUUUGUGUCCUUCUCCACCUCUUUCUAUCUCCGCAUGUGUUAUCAUCUUUGUCGAGGCUUCACCUACCUCAAUAUUUGCCUAGUCGCUAUCAUUAUCUUGUAGAAUUUAUGUCUUGUUACUUUUAUUAUGGAGAAUUUUUAUGAUAUAUGAUAUUAUUAUGUUUUGUUCUUUAUUGUUAUUAUGUGUUUAUUAUAUAUUUUUAUCUUUAUGUUAUAGAUUUGAUAAUAAGAAAAAAAAAAUACUAUAAUGGUGUUUUUAGUGAAAUUUCAUGAGAAGCCUAAUCCCUUUUCUCUCUCUCAUAUUCAAAUUUAGAUCUAGGUAUGAGAUUAAGUUGAUAAAAGAUAAAUUAAUCAUUUUAGUCUAUGUAAAAAAUAAUUCUUACAAUUACAUAAAAUUAUAAAUUGGUUAUUUCAAAUUUCCCAAAUUUAUAUUAUGAAUGACAAAGAACUUAAUUAUAUUGAUGCGAUGGCUAAGAUUGAAUUGUUGGUUGUGGAGGUUCCACAAUGACCGGCACAAUACAUUGGGUCGGGUAAACGGGGCCAUUGGGUCAACCACACAUCCCUCCACUUAUCUAAAAAAUAAGUUGGUAUUCUAUAUAAAACUUUUGUAUAAAAUUAUUAUUAACAUAAAAUAAUAAUAAUAAUUUUUAUAACUGUAAUUUAUUUUUAUAAACAUUUCUAAU